AUGUCCGAAGAAUUAAAUUCAAGUCUUGAUUCCCUUGAAUUAGAUUUAUACCACAAACCUAAUCCUAGAAUUAGAACUAUACUUAAUUACCUUAGAUCAUAAAAUAUCAAAUUUUGCACAGACCCAAAAAAGAAAGAAGAAGACUUCUAUUCUAAACAGUCUUCUACAGAGAUUAAUUCUGAUAUGGAUUUUGGAAUAAGAAGAAAUAGAUUUAUAAAUAGAGGUCCUUAAAGAUCUGGAAUUGUUUUGGUUUCAAAUACAUCUUGA